GCUGAAAAAGAUGGGAAAUUCCAAUGAUUCUUCGUUCAUUAGAAUGUCGAUUCCUCACAAUCGCUCUUUGUGAUGCUGCGGAACCAUGGCAAUUAGGAUCUCAAGACGCAGCAACACCUAUGAUGCAAGGAAUCAUUGACUUACAUCACGAUAUCUUUUUCUUCCUCAUUCUGAUUUUGGUUUUCGUAUCACGGAUGUUGGUUCGCGCUUUAUGGCAUUUCAACGAGCAAACUAAUCCCAUCCCGCAAAGGAUUGUUCAUGGAACUACUAUCGAAAUUAUUCGGACCAUUUUUCCUAGUGUCAUUCCAUUGUUCAUUGCUAUACCAUCGUUUGCUCUGUUAUACUCAAUGGACGGGGUAUUAGUAGAUCCAGCCAUUACUAUCAAAGCUAUUGGACAUCAAUGGUAUCGGACUUAUGAGUAUUCGGACUAUAACAGUUCCGAUGAACAGUCACUCACUUUUGACAGUUAUACGAUUCCAGAAGAUGAUCCAGAAUUGGGUCAAUCACGUUUAUUAGAAGUUGACAAUAGAGUGGUUGUACCAGCCAAAACUCAUCUACGUAUGAUUGUAACACCCGCUGAUGUACCUCAUAGUUGGGCUGUACCUUCCUCAGGUGUCAAAUGUGAUGCUGUACCUGGUCGUUCAAAUCUUACCUCCAUCUCGGUACAACGAGAAGGAGUUUACUAUGGUCAGUGCAGUGAGAUUUGUGGAACUAAUCAUGCCUUUACGCCUAUCGUCGUAGAAGCAGUGACUUUGAAAGAUUAUGCGGAUUGGGUAUCCAAUCAAUUAAUCCUCCAAACCAACUAAACCGGGGAAGCUGAAGCGGAAAUGCAAUUCUCGGGUGAGGGAAGGGGGAAGCCCCUGGAAGGCUUCGCUCGCUCGCUCAAAAAGCUCUAACGCUCGUUUACGAGUGGAGUGCAUAAGCCCUUAUUGAAGUAGGGCGAGGCCUUACUACACGAGCUCGUAAGUCAAGCACGGAACGAGCCUUGUCUACGAAGCUUCGCUUCAUCAUCUUGCUUGCUUCUGGCGAAGCUUAACGCACUAUAACAUAGGCAUGCAUGAUGGUAUGGUAGGAAGACUCCUUUUAAGGCCGACCACUACAUAGGAGCGAUAGGAAGCCAAGCCGUCAAAAGGAAAGGCGAGCAGCCCUUAUUGCAAUAGCAAACGGCCUACUUAUAGCCCUAU